AUGAAUUUUCAUCCUGAGAACUGGAGUGUUUAUGUGAUUGCAUUGGGAUCACGGGACUCAAAGGUUCAUAACAAUGUGAGAGUUGCAGCUUGAGCGUUACUGAUCUAUAGAGUAUUUGAUUAUCUUUAAUAUUAAUGUAAGCUUCCCAUUUAUGAAAUACUCCCAUGACCGGUGCUCUAAAUGUCUAUAAAUAAACACAUCCUACCAUCAUUGUAGCCAAAGGCUGAGAUGCUGAUAUUCAGAGACCGGUGCAUUUUGAGAAGAGAGAUGCUUUUAAUCGUAUGCAUUCGAGCAGGUUGUUAAUUAUAUUCUAUUUUGUCACCUUUUAUGGCAGUGCCAUUCUAUACUAGCUACUAACCUCCAAUCAGUGGCAUGUUAGAGAUCGGAGGUAUGACACUUUGUAACUGUAGAUUAUUUUGUGAAUACUCCACAUAGCUGUAUGCUGCCGCAUGUUCUUUUCUGACUUUGCUCAUUAUCUUUGAAUCUCAAUGUCCCUUUUGCCCUGUUUCCACGGGAACCCAUCUGUUUAUCUUUUAUUAAAUCUGUCACCUAGCAUUUCUCAUGAUGUUAACCCUUCUGCUGCCGGGAGCUACUUGCUAGUCGCGUUGAGCCAGUGUCUGCAGUGUUCAUUUGCCACACGCUGCUGUGACAGCAAAGUGUUAAGUGGGAAGUUUUUAUCAGAGCCAGGAAGUGUCCUAACAGAUUGUGGGAGCCCCUCCUUCUCUCGCCCAAACCUUACCAAUACAAGCACGCUCUGGGUGCAUCUUUACAGGACCAAAUCGAGGAGGAGGAGGAGGACUGGGGGUCACAUUCUGUGGUGAGGGUCAUGUUCAUAGAUGUCUAGCAGGCUCUAGUGUGUGUGUGUGUGUGUGUGUGUGUGUGUGUGUGUCUGUGUAAAUAUAUUAUGUCUUUGAACCUAACACUUUCAACUGGUAUUCUGUAGAACUUGUCUUUGGAAAAAGGCUCACUUAGUCACUGAUGAAAUUCAGUUCUUAUUCAGGAUUUCCUUGCAUCUAGUGGAAGGGAUUUUUCAAUAUUGCACAAGAGAUCAAGUCUUUCUGUAUAGUAAAAGUUGUACAAGUUCCUCAAAGUAUCUGCAUUCAGUGGAACUGUGGCACUUGAGGUGUACUUAUUUAUAAUUCUAUAGAUUUGUGGCACUGCGGCAUGCUUGGGGUGAUACUAAGGCAACAAGGAAAAUUAUUCAGAAUCAUUUUCCUUUAAACCAGGGGUGGGCAAAUGUUUAAUCGGUAGUACAAUGGUGCAUAGCCAGGCUGGCAAGUAUAAUGGGAGUAGAGGUUUUACAACUACAGGGCAUUUAUCAUUUGGUAAUCUGCUUUAUAUCAAAUGAUUCUGUCUUCGGUCCUUUGAGUUCUAAACCUACGAUGUGCGGGUGAAGACAUUAUCGUCUAUCUUUCUGCUCUCUGAGUAUUAGAAAACACUUAAGUUGCUCUGACAUUUUUAUCGUAAAUAAUAACGAUCCAAAUGCACAUAUCCGACAAGCCAGUAGUUGUCAAACCACCCCCGAAGACCGCCAAUGGGCAUUUUUUUGUAAAUAUCCCCCUAUUAUAACAGAAUCCUAAAAGUACCCUUUUGCCAUAAGGGUACAUAAAGAAAGUCAUUGUUGAAUUUGAAGUGCCCUAGGUUAUUCAGAAUUUGUUUAUAAUUGUACCAGGGAUUGGGGCAGCUGGGCAUAUUUUUGUAGUUACGUGACUUUGGACAGGUUCAAGCCUUUCCACAAAUAAGUCUUGGUGUUGCUCAGAAUGAUUUGGAAGACUAAAAACAAAGUGUCUUUAUGGAAAUUACAGCGUAAUUAGCAUAGUGUGAUGCUAAUGAGAGAAUAUGGUAUAUGCCAAGUGAUUACAUUUUUCCCAUCUCUGUACCCUACGCUAGGCCUUUAUACAGCUGUAAACAACUGUCCUAGUUUUGCGCAGUAUCUUAAUUGGUAUUUUUUUUUUUUUUUCAUUUAUUUUGCUGCCAUGAGUUGGCUGAAAGAGGGGUGGAGGGAGCCCUUCACAGCUGGGGUCAUUUGAUCCUGCUACUAUUUUCCAUAUUCACAGUUAACCGUUACUGUGUUUUUGCAUAUGGAAAGUUGGAAGUAUUUACGAUUGUUAUAAGGCUGCAUUUGUUCUGUGCCCCGCUAAAGGUCCCAAGCAUUGCUCAGAGCAAAUUGUCAUCCACUUACUGGCGAAAUGCAAUCCUAAUAGUGAAAUCAGUUUAAUUUAGUGUAAAAAAACUUUGUCUUAACUGUAGAAUAUUCAUUAUUUGCUUUAGGUCCUUACAAAUUUGGACCUUCUGUGUGAUUUGUGAGUAAGUUAAUUAAAAUUCUUUGGUUCCUGAGGCUGUCUCUGAUAUCAACUGUCUUUCGGUCCUUAAAGAAAGAUAUUCUGGCUUGGUACAACCCAGUCAUUUAGUUUUAACAGGACUUUAAAAAGCUAUGAAUGCUAAAUAAGCCGGCAUUCCCUGAUAGACAUGGGUUGUUAAUAAACAGAAUAAAAUGGGAUGUCAUUGUUCCUUUAAAAGAUUAAAUGGAAGUUCAUUAUCUCAGCCAAAAUGCUUGUGGGUUUUUAAAUUUUUUUUUUAUUUUAAGUCACGUUUUUGUUUUGUUUUCCCUUUUCAGUUAUCUGAAUGUCUACAAUAUUAGUGAAUCAUUAUCUGCUUCAGAUAAAGUGUAUCAUUAUGUUGAUACUCUGUAUAUGUAAUCCUGUGAUUAGUCAGGCACUUAAAAUACGUGUAUGUGCGCAAUAAAAUUAGAAUACUAAUGUAUACCAUAACCAUUUCUUUAUCUGCUGCAGAUUUAUAUCAUUUAAUGUAGGCUAGCUGCACGUCAUAUGCUGCAUGUAGAUGUUCAGAAUUAAAUUUAUUCGGCGCAGUCAGUUAUCCAUGUAAAAUGCUUGGCACCGUUGCACAGUGACACCUGUUGCUUUUCCACCAUGCGAAUUUCUCAUUACAAAACCUUUUCCCUGGCAGAACAUUGCUAAGAAUAAAGUAGUAAGCGACCGCUUCAGGUCUGUCUUGUUGCUUCUAGAGCAUACGUGUCUCGCUAGAUGUUAUUAACCCAUCGAAAAGUUUCAUCACCCACACCAGCCGUCGAAAUCUUGGCGAGGAAACACUCAUCACAUCUUGCAGACCUAAAGCACGUAAAAACAGUCGGGACAGUUGAGUUCAUCUCACUAGAUGUCUGUGGUGGGUGAUCUUCAUAAGCCAUGUGGCACUUUGCCUUUCAGAAACGCUAGUGCCAGGGACACGGGCUCCUUUCUGCCCUCCCCCGCUCCAUCUGUUAUCUAUAGUGGGUGGGGACAGUAUUCCAUUAAGGAGGGUGGUGGGUUUGUUCCACUUGGAAUGGUUCUUUUAUCUAAGAGAUACUUGGAACAGUAGACAUCAUUGGUUUUUGUAGUGAUAUGGAUGCAGUUGCUUGUAGUUCACACUUGUUAGACCUUGAGUUUGGAAUGUGGGAGAUAAGAAUGUGCCUCUAUGUAGAUUCUAUUUCGUUUUUGAUUUAAAUAUCUAUUUCAUGAUUAGGGUUUUUUCCACAAUGACUUUCCAACUCAUGGAAACUGAUAGAGAUAAGCUAAAGUAGUAAAAAAAAACCAAUGUAAAUGUAAAAUCCCCCAACUCUUGCAGACGGCAAUGAAAUGACCGGAACCACAAAUAUUGAAUUACAUGAAGCUUGAGAAAGAACUCGGAUGGCAUUAAAAUGUUGAUGUGCGUCAUUUAUAACAUGCAAAGAGACUGUAUGACUCAAUUUAUUUUGUUUGUUGUUCGUAAUGACUUUGUGGAACCCAGAACCAUGGGCUAUGGCAAUCGAUAACCAUUUCAUUGGUGAGACGAUCCUUCUUGGCAGCUCUCGAUCUCUCCGCAAGAACCAUUGUUCAAAAUCGGAUCAGAUUGAAGAGUGAUCAUAAAAGUAUUAACACCGAGAUCAAAAACCGUACUUGAGGAAUUGUUACACGGAUGCUAUGUUUAAGAUUUAUUUUAUUUUUGCCAAGUAGAAUAUUACAAAGUUACCAAUUUUAUAAAAUACUGAGCAGUUAUGAUAAAUUGUAUCUAAUACAAAAGCUUUAGGCUGUAUUUUUCUUGUCUUCAAAUCCAUAACCUACAUUUUUGUUGUGGGGGAAAAAAUAGCGUUCACUAAAAAUUAAUAAAUAAAAUCAUAACUUAUAAAAGGGCAGCUGUUCCUUGCAGAUUUCUCAAGGCUCCCUCUUUUCUAUCCUGGUGUCACUCUUUUUCUGUAUGCUUCAUAUUGUUGCUGUGUCUGACUGUAUAACAGAGUUCCACAGCAAAAAUACCCCCAUUAAUUUAUUUCUGAACACAUUUAUUGUAGUUUAAAAACAUGUCUGUGUAAAUAAGACACAUUAUGUCCAUUUAGAAUGUUGGUAGGUAUGAGUCCUGGUCCUGGCUCUGAUAUGCCUUCUAUAUUAUUUGUUCUUUAUUAGUAAGUGGCCAUGAUAGCCCUGAACAGUAUUGCCUCUCCUUGGCGGGUUUUUUACAACUACACUUCCCAUGAUGCUUAGUCAGAUUAUAUAUAUAUAUAUAUAUAUAUAUAUAUAUAUAUAUAUAUAUAUAUAUAUAUAUAUUAUAAUACACUUGCCAACAUUUCCAAGAAUGCAGGUGGGCAGGGAGUAUCCCAAAGUACGAGACUGUCAUGGUAAAUAUGGGAAUGUUGGCACCUAUGCGAAUGUCUGAGAUCGUUAUUAAAACAUCAUGUGAGACAGGCAAGGGGCUCUGUAGCCAAUGCUCAGCCAGAGCCCUCCUAGCAGCCAAAACUAAUUUGGAAGAAAGCAUAUUAUAAGUAAUGUGUCAGUUAACCCUGGGGUCAAGAAGAAGCUUGUAAAAUAUCUGACAGAAUCUACCUUAAUCUUUUACAGAGAAUUACAAAAACAGGACAGAACCACCUCACACAUACAUAGUUUACCUUUUCCUUACACUAGAGCCACCAUAUGUCAGAGCUUGCACUGAAAAGAGUAUAUAAUUUAUUUCAUACAUAUACCCUAUGUGAGUAUUUAUGCUGUAUACACACAGAUGAUAAAUGGAAUAAAAAUACAUUUUAAAUGAACGUUUUUUUAGCACCAAAAUUCUGAUCAAAGGCUGUGGUGCAGCUAGCAGAGGCACUUAGCCAAUGAGCUAAUGGAGGCCUGAAAUGGCAAAUGCCAGGUAAGAAGUUAAACCAUUUAAAAAUUGUUUGACUAUUUACAAUUGGGGGGUUAGGGGGAGGGACAAAUGCCAGGGCAUCCCUGGUGCCUAAUCCCCUACAGCGCUCUGUGAUGGCUAUGUUGCUAUGCUAUUCCACUGUUUCCUUGAGGAUUGCAUGUAGAGAUCAGGUACCACAUUUUUACAUAUUGGUUUUGUAAACACGGUCGUAGUACUAGCAAGUACAAAUCAAAUAAAGAAUACCGGUUUCAAGAUUCUGUUAUUUUUUCAGGGUAGUAACACUUUUAGUCCAGAUAGUAACUUUCUUUGAAUCCUUGAUUUCUACUUACCUGACUUCUAUCGAUCGUGGGCUCCAAAUGGAGCAGAAAUGCCUCUGCUUGUGCAUAGAACAUUUUGUGUAUAUGUAAUGCUCGUAAUAGAAAUAUUUUCACUUGGUUGUUCUAUCUAUGUGUGAAUUGAGCUGUGUAUACAGCGCUACAUUACCACGCACUGCUUACUACAAAUACAAUGUCCAUUUAAAUGUGUAAGUAGAAAUGAUCUGCUUGGACACCAUAUAAUUAUUUUCGUGUGUAGCUGCGUGUAAGGUGUCGUUGGAACAUACCCUCUAACAGGCUAGUUAUGUAUCUAUAUGGUUACAUGGUUUUACAUGUCCACCUACAAAAUAAUUCUUACUCUUUUAGUUUGCGCUAGUUCCAGCAUGCUUGCAUUUGUGUUAUAUGUAAACUUUAGCAAAUGGAAAUCAAUAAUAAAUUAGUCUCUCUCUAAGAGGAACAGGUGUUGCUUCUACAGGUGUCCACCUUGAUUCUCAAUAAAAUGUCAUUCUAGUUUUUAAUGUUUUUUUUUAUUUUUAAUAAAAUUUAUUUUCUUUAGGAAAUAACACUUUUUUUUCCGCCACGUAUGCAUUUUGAAUAUGUAGAUUGUCUUUCGCUUUUGCACAGCAUCAUGUAUGUUUCACGUUGGUUUGGAGUGGAGAGAAAACAGUGGUCUGUUGUGUUGUGAAUGUGUGAUAUCACUACUUCCCCUCGCCUUCCUCCCCCCCACUGAUCUUUCAUUUCAGCACAAUAAAAGGUCUAUUCUUUACAAUGACUGACCCUCUCUUGGAGUCUAGAAGAGAGCUCUGAUUAAUAUUUAUGGUGUUGGAAUGCAAUGUCGUAUGGCACUGUAUGCAGAGUUUGUGUUUUGUCCUUCAACUUGUCUCUUUGGGUCACCCCUGCACUAGUCACUGUCUCUCAGAUGGUACUGGCUAUGGUGGUUGACAAGCGUCUUCUGACUCAAAGUUAUGAGUUGACCUACAACACUUCUAGUGAACACACAUUUUGGGAUGCUCCACUGGGCUUAAGAGUUCUUUAGAAUUCUGGUCCUUGUGAUGUAGUGACGUGAGCCAUUGUAAUCCGUGGUGAAAGGACUUUGUUCUCAACUGACUGUAACCCAAUUAUUUGCAGUGUUGUUGUACAGAUGCAUGGCAUUUUUAAACUUGUUUAUACGUGUGACAUUCCUUUUUUUUCUUUUGUUGAAGAUGGAGAUAGUGUCAGCAUAUUUUACACUGUGUGUGUGUGUGUGUGUGUGUUUUUAUUUUACAAGGGGAAAAAAAAAAGUAUUUCAGUUUUCAUUGACUUCCAAAUGUAAAUACAAUCCUACUAGUGCUUUGUAGCCUGUCUUGUAGAGGUUUCAUUUCUUACACAGAAUUGUGAUACACCGUAUUUUCUUUGCCUGCAGUUGCCUAUUGACAGAACGAGAAUUGUGGACAAUUCUAUACAUUUCUGUGUAGUUUGCCGUGGGCAUUUAAAGAAUAAUAAUAAUAAUUGUUAAAAAUGGUGCUGUUAGUGUGAGUAUGAGGUUUUAGGCUAUGGGGCAGUGGUACAUACUCGAGAAGUUGAGUCAGCCUGUGAUCUGUGAGUUUGUUAGUUAAUUCAGCCACUUCUGCAUUCUCUUCGUAAACUGUAUUUGUCCUUAGUAUAUAUAUUUUUUUUUUUUCCUCUUAGUUUUAUUUCCCUCCUAGUUCUAUCCCUUCAGCACUGCUCACAUUUCCUCAUUCCACAAUGUCAUGGAGGAGGCAUGGUCUUCUCUGGAGGUUGCCAACACAAUGUUUCUCAUAUAGGAGUAUUGGUGACCAGUAGAGCUAAUAGAAGCUGCUAAACUCGAGCUUCUGGUUCUCCUGACCUCCUCCUCUUAAUAAAGUGGUCUGUGUUCAUAUAGUGUCCCUUUAACGGGGUAAUUGGCUUCUGAUUAGGUUCUAAACAAAAGUGAUCUGUCAACUUUGUGGAUUAUGCUGUAAAAUUUAUGAUAUAUUUCCAGGAAAAAAAAUCUGUCUUUGAAAUAGAAGCCCAGCUUUAAAGAUAAAUAUAAUUGUAGGUGAUUCUUUCCAGAGUAUGAAGUUGGUGAUCCACAGUCAGUUCUCAGUUAUCCAGAUAUAGCAAAAAAAAACUGCAGCAACACCGUUUAAUCUCAAAACACAUGCAGAAUUGAUUUCUACAUCAAGUACAAACAGCUGAGCAGUAUUUCUGUCAUAUGACCUUCAUCAGUACUGACUGAAGCUGGAAGAUACUCCACCUCCUGUAUUCCUGUAUUGCUAAAAUUCUCUUGUAUUACUAUAGAUUUAUAACCAUUUUACCUGUAGUUUGCCUGCAGUUUGUAUUAUUCUGUGCAUGCAAUAGUCAUUUAAUGUUUCUGACCAAUAUUUAAAGUAGACAGUUAUUAAUAUUUUGGGUGAUAGAAUUUGGUUGCUAAACUUUUCAAUAGUAUAGAACACAUGGAUACUCUACCCCUCUCCCCUUGCCUUCCCCCCCACCCCCUUUCUUCUCCCCAGUUGUAAAUACCUCCAUAUAAAUGUUCAAUCCCAUUCUCUGUUCUUCAGGCCUCACUCAACUCAGUGAAAGACUGCAUUUCCUCAGAAUUAUGCGUAUUCGUAUGUGUUCGGUUAAUUUUUGCCAUAUGUAUGUAAAGUGUAUGCAGCAUUCGGCUGAUUGUUCGGUAAAAUCACUCCAGUUAUUAUGCGAGUGAAACUACCGAACAGUCAGACCACCCCAGGAAUAAGUAUGCCUCCAAUUACCGUUCGCAACAAUGUUGCAAACGGGUAAUUGGCAAUCAGUGCAGUGUGGGUGGCCGCCAUUCGGGAGACGAACACGUGGCGGCGGCCAUCUUAAACUCCCGAACAGCGGUGUUUUGCCGUCGAGUGUCCGCUGAGACCUCCACACUGCCGUCAAUUCGUGUAGGAACUACCGAACAGCUCCCCGUUCAGUAGAAAGAACCCCACAAACAAGGGGGUUUAUCCGAAUCCUCCCCAGUCUCCAUAACCCAUGUUGUUCGUGUAUUUUAUUCCCUUUUUCUGUGACCGACCGUGGGGCCAAAAUGUAUGGAAUCCCUUUCGGUUGUUAACUCCAGCGCGGUCGGUCUCUAUUUUUUUUUUUUUUUUUACCUCCAGGAAAUUCGUGAUCCCCUGGUCCGAUCUGGGUGAUUUUUUUUUUUUUUUUUUUUUUUUUUUUAUUUUUUCAUGUUUCUCACCCAGAUCAGGGUUACCAGGGGAUGUAAUAUUUAAAGGGGUACCCCUAUGUUUAGGGGUACAUCCAGAAAACCAGGAGAACUGUGUACUGCAUAAUGGGAUUGAGUCAUACUAAGAGGAGGGGAUGUGUGGGUGGCAACUCAUGUAUGAUUGGUUUAUUGUAUAAUAACUGUAAAUCCCUGCCUUGCAUGGGUGAAAGCUUUAAAAGAAGGUUGAGUGAUUAAAAGUUCAGUUCUGCUCCUGAUGUUGUGUGUCGUCCAGUCAUUGGGAUUGAUAUCUGGAUAUUAUUGGAUUGUCUUGCCUGCUGGAAUUAUUGCCUUAUGGAUUUUUAAUACUUGUUCCUGAGCCUCACUGGGAUCUUGAGUGGAGAUAACCUGUGGAAUAUCUGCUCUCUGCUACAUACACUUCAUUUGUUGAUGGGGUAGAUGUAUCCACAAUGAAAACAUGCAUGUAUUUAAUAAUGUAUUUAUUCAUAGGGUCUAUAUUUACAAAGCGCUUGCAAAACAUGCAGAUCUCCUGUCUGCUGCCUUUGCAAACCCUCCUCUUCUAACCCCACCCAGACUUUCUGUGUUUGUCCAAUCACAGACUUUCCAAUGCAGCUCAAUGAAAAGUCUUUGCUAGGGAGGUGCCCUGGCCAAUAGCUGCGUCUUUAGUUUAGCUCCACUAGCUAACCGGACUGGUUGUCUGUGUGACUUUAAUUUAUCAAACUGCCAAUUUCUAUUAAAAUCUGCACUUUUUAUAAAAUGAAAAAAGCAGACACCCUUAUUACACAUAAAACACAUACAUGCAUUAUUGCUUGGAUGUGUCCCUUUAACUCUUAAUGGCACAAUUGAGGCCAAAAUAAUGUGACGAAACCAGAGUUGGAUAUUUUAUUCUUCCCCCCUCCCCCCCAAAUCUGCUAUUUUGGCCUCUGUUUUGCUAAAAUUUGGACUUUAGUGAAAAACCCUGUGCGUGACUAAAGAGAAAAUGCUUGAUAGUCACACGUUCUAAUGGUGGAACAUUUUCCUUUGGUUUCCAUGAUAAUUGAUCCACUUUCAGCUCUAUUUAUUUGUAUUCGUUCUCUGUUUAUCCUGAACAGACUUUAAAGUAGCACAAGUAAAAUUAUCUUUUUUUUUUUUCUCUUACACUCCGUUAUCUCAUAUACCCACUCUUGUAUUCCUGCAACCGCCCCUGUGAAAGCUUUGUUAAAGUAUAAGCAUGUUCUAGGCCACAUCAGACUGGGAGCCUGGAGUUAGUGUGAGGAUAGUGCAACAUCUACCUGGUUUCUGCUUAGUGAUGACAACAACGCCCAUCUACAGUCCCCAAGACCAACAGAUAAGCCGUACAGCUCCCCGAUGUGAGCAUGCAUACAUGUACUAUUACCAGUUAUCUCUCUCCCUUUUCUUCCUCCUAUCUUUCUCAGCAUUAAUUCUUUCGUCAUAGGGUUUCCCCAGAGACCCAACCUGUAUGCUCCGUUCAGUGUCUGCAGGGAAAUAUGUGUCCCUAAAUCCCCUCUUUGUUUUGUACUGUAUUAACUCUUUGUGUGACUAUUGCAUUGCUCUGUGUUUUUUGGUUUUUUUUGUUUGUUUUUUAGGAACUGAGGGGUAGGAGGGGGGGGGAAAUAAUUUUUCUACACUUUUUUUUUUUUCAAGAAAACUUGGCUCACUUCCUGAAAUAGCUCAAAUAGAUACGUGCCUGGGUCCUGACCGCGUUUAACAUAAAUUACAAAAUAGGAUUUGCUCACAGGACUUAAUGAACAUGGUUUUAAUAGUGAUAACAAGAGCAUAUGGAUCAACAUUUUGACCUCUUGUAACCGUUAUCACCAUUAAACCAAAAUAUUUGUGGCUGUUUAUAGAUAUCUAUAUUAUUUAAUUCUUUCCUUCUUUCUGUUGAGACUGUUUUCACUGUACAGUUUGUACUCCUAUAGACGUGCGUUAAUCCAUUCUUAUUCCGAGCUUGUUUCCAUUGAAAUCCAUCAUUCAUUUGAAUUUGCCAUAUAGUUAUACAUUCCUAAACCUUUGCUUCUAUGGGGUGAGGCAGUGCUUUAGUGAGAAAACUUGAGUUAGGUGUGCUUGGUACAUUUACUGUUAGGGUGCCUUCCAUUUCUGUCUCUGGAAUAAAUCUUCUGAUGACUAUAAGCAGUAAAUUGGUGUAUAACUUUUUAUUUUUUUAUUUUUCUCAUCUACUUUCCAGACUACGUCUAGUACAAAUGUAUCAAAUUUCUCAAAGCUCUGACAGUGUCUCUGGCCAUUCAGCUAGUAAUAAUUCUCCUUUGUCAUAAUCACACUCUCAAAACUGUGAAUCUCACUUCCCUUUGUGUAUCCAUAAACAAAUGACAUACAUGCAAGCUUUGCACAUAACUGAAAGCUGCAAAUCCAAUCCAAAACCAUAUCCUGUUUGACACUUUGCGUCAAGAAUGUUUAAAAAAUAAAAUAAAGUUCAACACAAACAAGUGAUACUUAUGUACGAAAAGUGCAUCAAAAAUGCGAUCCACACUAACCCCAUUGAUUAACAGUAAGUGCUGCAUGACAUUAGCAGUGUCAGAGAAUUAUAUGUACAAAGGGCCAUAUAUAAUACUCUGAAACUACUAAUGUUUUUAAAACUGUGUGUAUUUUAAAGUGAACCUGUCACCAAAUGUGGAAGUUUGGUUAAACCCCAAAAUGCAUUAAAUACAUUGUAUAUCACAGAGAUACAUAAUGUAUUCAGUGUAAAAUAUCAAGAAAUAUCCGCGUCUGUCCCAGAGCCAUCGUGUCCCGAGCUUCUGGUCUCCUGUCCGUCCAAGCUCUGCCUGGUCUUUUCUGUGAUUUGCCCUACUUGGGGAAACUUUCCAAGUAGGACAAAGGUCUUCCGUGACACCAACUCACUGGCUUUGUUGCCAGCAUGACGUUACUCCGUUCCUAUACUCUCAUGUGCGGUGGUUUCUGUAUUUUGAGAUUAGAAGGACUGCCUGUAGGAGGUCUUUUCUGCUUUUUGCCAAUUCUUUGGCAUAGAGCAGAAGUUCUAUAGAGCAUGAAAGUUACACUUUUUGUGUGUAUGUAUGUGUAUGUAUAUAUAUAUGUGUGUAUAUAUAUAUAUAUAUAUAUUAUAUUUGGAGCAGAUACUAACCGCUUCCUCAGCCCAUUGUUGGUUCACCUUUUAUACACAGUCUAUAGAGCCCGACCAAAAAUCUAAAACUGAGCGGUUCUUAAUGGUUAAUUAUUUUUCAAUCUUGUACUUUCUACACUAUUUGUAUUUUGUGUUUUUGUUUUGUAGCUUCAGUAUAAGAUUGUCCCGUAACAUUUUUUAUUUUUUUUUGUCACUAAGUCAUUGAGGUUAAUGUUUAUCAUGUUUUGCAUCCGGAAGAAGCCAGUACCAUUUCUCCAAGGACCCAGCGACUAAUACUACCUCAGUCCACCCCCCCCCCAGUUCUCUGCAACAGUGCCAGGGUUGAAUUUGGCAUCUCUGUUGUCUCCUCAAGGUUUCCUUCCACAGAUGUGGGCAGUGUGUAGAGGACAACCCUUGAAUGAGUCUCAGCCUGAUUAGGCUCUUCUUUAGGGACCCACUGCUGCAUAGGCCAGGCACAGGCUUUCCAGACCUUCCUCCACUCCCUACUCUUCUCUCCCUCCAGAGAGUAGCAAAAUUAAAUCUUCUAAUAGUCGAUGAAUAAUCUUUUAACAAAAAAAAGAGGAGCAAUAUAACCAUGCAUUUUUUCCAAGCGUCCAGGGUCUCCCAGCCCCGCUUGCUCCUUUUGAAUACUUUGAUUUAGUUUGGCUCUGGGAAAUGCCUUAUUUGUAAGUCUUGCAUUGUAUUAGAUUUUUAACAAGUAAUGUCUACACAGAAUUUUGUUCCCCCACAAAGAUCUAAUGCACAAUAUUUGAAAGUGCCAUAGCACCUGAUCUAUAGUAUAUAAAAAAAUAAAAUAAUAAUAAUAAAAAAAAUCACUGAAGCAGUAGGGACCCCUUACAUAUUCAUAAAAAGAUAGAACGUACUUACUUUAAAACUUACUAGGUACAAUAGAGGGGGAGAAUAGAAAGAUGUUCCAGAUGUGAUAGAGGAAGCAUUGUGUAAGUAUAGUCUAAAACAGGAUGUCCCUGCCCAUAAAGAUAAUGAUCUGAUCCUAACGCUAUUUAAAGGAGAACUGUAGACUUAAUUUAACACCCAUUAAAACACUUUAUGUAAAUGUUUUUAAAAUGCCUCCGCAUCUUUGCAUUUCAUGGGCUCUAAUCAGCCUUCAGCAAUGUCUUCUAAAACCAGUUACUGAUUGACAUCACCCAUCCAAUUAAUGGCCUCCCAUUGAAACGCAUACCCAAGGCUCAGUUAGAGAAUUUUUCCAGUUUGCCUAUUUUUGACCUUACAUUCAAAUCCACUUGUUCUCACUUUACAUUUUAUAAAACAAUCAGCGUUAUUCUGUAUUUAUUCAUUAAUAAAGUAUUUCUCAAUUUCAGUCCACAAACUGUAUAAGUUACUGCUAUUUAUUUACACUCUACAUACACUCUCUGUUAAAACUCCGGUCCUGUAUUUUAUUGAUUUUUCUGUGCACUGUGAAAGCCUAAUCAGCCUGAGAGGUGUAAGAAUGGCUUACUUUAUUGGUAGACAGGCACGGAAUGUCUGAAUAAUCAAUAAACCCAAAUGAAUACAUGGUUAAAUUUAAAGUGAACCUGUUGGCCGUUUUUCAACAUUAAAUAUAGCUAGAUGAAGUCAAAAAAGGGGAGAAAAUGAAAUGCUUGCAUUAUAGUAAUAUAGUACUGAUAGGCCGCUCAACAACCCAAUUCGGUAUCUCUUCUCUAUGCGAUAGAAAUACAUUAGAAAAGGGGGGUGGGGGGUGGAUUUAGCACCUUAACCCAUUAAGGACACAUGACAUGUGUGACAUGUCAUGAUUCCCUUUUAUUCCAAAAGAUUGGUCCUUAAGGGGUUAAAUGUCCUUUGUGGUAUAUGAAAUUGCAAAAACCAUAGAGAAAACGUGAAAUGAUAGUGUAGUAUGUCUUGGUUAUUGGAAGGAUAAGAAGAUAAAGUUGCAUUUGAGCUGAGCAAUUGUGGAUUGCUCAAUCCUUGAAGCAUAGAUGGUAUAUAUCCCCACCAAGUAAAUAGAGUCCAAAAGGUAAGUAAUGUAAUAUAAAAAUGAAAAUAUUAAUAAAGGCUGGGUACGGGAGGAAUACCAUGCUUUUAAACUCAAAAACAAGGUUUAUAAUAUAAUUAAAAUGUAUAUAUCUAAAGAAAUGGGGAAAAUCAAGAUGGCACCACGCAUCUUGUGAACAGCUGCAGUGCUGUUUUUAAUAAGAAUCUUAAAAACAAUCUCUUUUAAGGACUAGGCAUAUAAAAGGGGGAGAUAGAGGGACCUCUCAAAAAAUUAAACACUAACUGCAAUUUGUGAGAGCCGGGCUGUUUUAAUAUGACCGUGUAGCUCCACAAAAAGGCAUCGGAGCCGAUCACAGCCACAUGGCUCAUUAAGAGAAGGCUUGGCUACAUAGUAUAAAAAUAAAACAAUAUAUAUGGUAAAAUGCAGCAUGUAUUAGAGAACAAGAAAAAAAAUUGACAAAUUAAUGGAAAUAAGUAUGCAGAAUUGUAAAAGAACAACACAUUAAAAUGAAAGAAAAAAAAAUCUAAAAAUAGGUAUUCGUUAUUAUAAAAUGUCUGUCUAUAAUAAGUCUGUCUGUGAAAAAUAGCACAAAAAUGUUAAUAAAUAAAAAGCUAUUGUACUGAUGUUAAAAUGAAUAAUGAAUGGCGCACUUGUAAGUAAGUGAAAUAGGGCAUGACUGUUUCCCUUUAAAAUAUAAACUUUAACUAUCCUGAAGUGGUUAUAGUGCUUCCUUGCACCACCUCGUAAACGAGAGAUAGACGCUCAGCUCAGCAGCAUGUGCGUAAUAACAACAGGAGGGGAAAACCAAAAGACCUAUCCAAAGGACGAACACCCUAACAUGGAAAAUAUGAGUAUACAUGGACAGGAAAAUUCUUUAUAAAAUGUAAUUUUGUGUAAAGCUAAAAAUGGAGAGCAACAAAAUUCCGAUCAUCACUUAUUUUUACUGUAGAUUUAAUGCAUGGCGAGUGAUGGCAUUUAACAGUGUUUCUGAUUUGGCACAUGUGAAUUAUGUCACAAUGUAUCGUAAGUGCCCUUGUCAAAUUUAAAUGGGACGUUGAGGGCCAUCGUGUUAACAGCUGCUUCCUUCUAUAACCCUGCUAGCAGAGCUGUCCAGCUGUAGGAAGCUUACAUUGUACCAUAAUUUCCAUUGUUCUUCUCCUGCCAGCAGCUGUUCAUAUGGGAAAUGUUGGCCUACGUUAUCAGAGAGCCAAAGAUGGUCUUCACCCACCCAUAGGCUGCAAUUCCAUGAAUUUUUAAAUUUUUAGGUCCUGUAUUAAUAACAUUGACCAGCAGAUGGCAAACCUACCCGUAGAUAAUCUACAUUUUAAUAGGACUUUUUAAUUUUUUUUGUGUACAUCUAAUACACACACACACACUCCCCCCAAAUAUGUAUAACUCGAAAACAGAGUUUUGUAUUUUAGUAUGUUUUGCUUGUUUUUAACGUGACUAUUUUGGUAGGCAUUUUGUAGCUGCACUGUUUGUUCCUCGUUUCCAAGGACACUCUGCUUCCUGCUGGCACGGUAUAAGGAUUCUGCCACUCCUUUCACUGUCUGUCUUCUCUUGCUGCCUGUAAGUGCUCAGUCUGUACACACCAGUUUAUAAUGGCUUUGUGUUCCAACAUGCAGUGCCAAUUCACAUUUAGCAGAUAGGAGGUCAGUGACUUGGAGGAUCCAUGCAGUAUUAAACACAGACACAAACGUUUGUUUUUAUUUAUAGUUUGCGCUCAGUUUAAGUAUGUUAUCUUUUGUUCCAUGCUGGUUUGUUUUCCCUGAUACGAGGGAGAGAUUACUUGCAGACAAGUCCAUGCAUGACAUCACUGCGUAGAAGUGGAGAAAAACGUGAAUGUGGGCAAAACUAAACAAACUGUAAUUUAAAGGCCAGGUGUCACUCUUUUGUAGUUAAACCAGUACAUAAAACCCUAAAUAUACACCGUGUGAAAUUCCAUUAUUUUCUUUUUCGAAAAAAUGAAUUAUAAGUUUAGUAAUUGCCAUUGUUGUGGUGGACUGGACAAUAUUGAGAUGUCAAACAGUUUUUUGAAAAGUAGAAACAGACUUUGUUGCAAUUCCUCCUCUCCCAAUACGAAUUACCAAGUGCAGUCAUAGUAAUGACUAGUAGGAAGUCUCGAACUGAGACAGUCGGUUCCCAAGGUGUCGUUUUCUACUUUUACAUUUUUUUUUUCUCCAGACUUCACAAUUUUUUUUUUUAAUUUUUUUUUUUGCAGCUCUGAAAUUUCACUGUAACUCCAACCCAGUCAAAAGAUAGGGUCUACUUUGUCUUAGGUAUUUUUUCUAAAGUUGACAAAAAGGUGGAGCUACAUCUGUCACGCGGUGUGCUCAGCCAUCACUAGACCCUAGCCUAGAUCCUCUAUAGACUUCAGUGUUGUACUAUCAUGCGUGUGCGAGAGUACUGCACUGAUGUCUGCUACUGGCAGUAACUGAAGAGGACCACUAGGAAGACAGUGGUGGUGGCUACAAGGGACAGGUUGAGGUUAAAAUCUACUUACCCUGCAGCAACUUCACUGCAAAGUCACCAUCUGGGGUCCUCUAAAUACAUGCAAAGACCCCAGAAGGUGUCAAAGCAGCUUUAAAAUUGGGGAUAAUCAAAUGUAAUGUUAAAAUUCCUAGGAAGGUAAGGUACCAUUCUCCUUCAACUCUAACCUUGGAUGGUUGGUCUAUUCCCCCCCCCCCUUCUUUUAAUCACUUUGAAGUAUCCAAUUUAAUACAAUAAACUUGCAGGUCCUUGAGCAUCUAUCAUUAAGGACCACUGACAUUUGUCCUAGUAGAUGUGGUCAGUAGAGACACUUUGGCCAUUACCCAUCAUUGGUUAUGGAGAUAGAUUCUCUCUGUCUUCAGUUCAAUUCUUAUUACAUCAUUGCUUCUGUGUUAGCACAACCCUUAAUGGCUUCCCAUUAACACAAAGAGUCUCUGUAUGACUUAUUUAAUUCCAGCGUUUUUACUGCGUUAAUACAUUCAUUUAAUCAUUCCUUCGCCCACCCAAUGGCAUAUAUCUCUGAAAGGUCUAAACCAUUAAAAAGAUGAACAGCUCUCAAACUAUUUUUGUCUUCAUCCAAAUUCAGAAUGGAAUAAAAAAAUGAAACAAAUAAUUGACUGUUCUGAACGAUUUUCUGUCUGUAUUACCAGUACAUUUUCACGCUGUUAAAUGUACCAAUCUAUUAAAAUGCAAAAUCACAUGCAGCAUUCUGUGUUUGUGCGUCUGUCUUUUAUUUUUUAUUUAUUUUAUUUUGUACCGUGGCGGGACUGCCUGGCACCGCAACUGGGUGCCUCCGCCAAUCUCUGCUUCCUAGUGCUUACCGAGUACCACAAGCACCGCACCAGACACCAUUAGGACUGUAGUCUCACUUCCAACGUUACAGCUUGGUUGGGGUCUCGCUGUCCUCCACCCACCCUGGACCCAAGACCAGGAUCCAGCUUCCAGUGGGUAGACCUGUCCUUCAAGAGACUGUAGCAAAAAUGUAUUUUUCAUUGUCUGUUAAAGGGUUACUUUAAACACCAUGAAUAUUUGUGAUUGAAGUGGUCAUGGUGUUAGGAGUCUGCUUGAAACAUUGCACAUGCAGAGUUAUUUAUUAUUGUCUAAUGGUGGCUAGCUGCACACUGAGCACACCUUGCUGCUUAAUGUCUAUUUUGUGCUCAUUUUACGUCUGUCGUCUGGUUAGUUCAUAGCUGUGCCCAGCUAUAAGUGUGGCCAACGUGUCUGGAAACUUAUAGUUCUCCAACGGCCAGGAAUAUACUGCCACACCUGGUAUACAACCGGUUACAAGCAUAUAGACCAAAUACUGGAAGCAGAAGCCAAGUGUGUAAAGAAUCAAAUUACUUAAUUAUUUUCUUUUAAUGUAAUGUGUUCCUUCAGGGCAUACUGAAUACUGGAUUCUCCCCUUUGCACUUUGUGCUUAACUUUGUAUGUUUGCCUCAUAUUUCCCAAUUUCUGAAGUGGCGGAAGCCUCAGUCACAUAGUGCUAAAUUUUAUUGCAGUGUUAGUCUCUAUAUUUUUAAAGGGUAGUUUAUUGCCAUGUGGUUUUUUUUUUUUUUUGGUUUUUUUAUGUUUUUAUGUUUAUUGGAGUCCAUUGCUUGAAGGUGCUAAUUUUUGCCUUCAGGACCACAACACCAAGGACUGGGCCAGGAAUUACAGGCUAUUAUGGCCUUAAGCUGAUUGCAGGCAUUUUACAAGAUAUCUUAAAGUGGCCACUGUUCAUUUGCCCAAUAUGAGGAAUGGCCACUAUAUGCUUAUCAAGCAAUAGCAAUUAUACUGUUAAGGAUUUAUUUCUGACCUUUAUUUUGAAAUGAGCUACUUGCAGGACAUCUGACAAUUUUUCUUCUGGGAAGUAGGUUCAAUUUGACUGCUUGGAUUUCAAAGUAAAUGUUAUGAUUGUCGAAGUGAUUUGAAACCAUAAACAAAUUAUAGUGUUUAAAGGAACAUUCCAAGCACUGUACGCCUCCUAUGCUCUGUAGUGAUUCUGUCCUGAUACCCUCACCUUCCCCCACCCCAAAUGUAAGUAGUCAACAAGUUACAAUUGUCGUGGAGUCUGCUGGGUGGUGCCGUUAUAUGUACUAAGCUUAGUGAUGCCAUGCUAGGCCAGCUCUUUAGCUGAGAGUUUGCAGCAAGCUUUGAACUCUCAUGGAGGUAGUGCCUGGAGCCCAGUGGAACCCCAAGUAAGUUGUCAAACCGUUGGCAAAAGGUUUGACUAUUUACAUUGGGGGAGGAUGGGUGAUUGGGCACUCUUGGCACCAUAACAUUAUAUUAAAGUGGUUAUGAUGCCUGGAGUGUUUCUUUAAUUGAAUGCUCCAUCUGCCUUGUUUUUAUAGAAUGACCAGUUCAAGAAAAAUCAAUACUUUUAUAUAUUCACUUGGUAAUGCCUCCCAGCUAUCUACUUGACGGGGAUUCCAGUCUGUGAAGUUGGAAAGUUCAAAGUGAAAGUGAGUGCUUCUCAAAAAGAGGCAUCAAAUUCACUUCUGUAAGAAACCUAGUUGGCAAAUCAUGAAAAUUUCCAUGAAGUGUUUCUCUGAGAAACAUUUGAUUGGAAACAAGUCAUUCGGUAUCAUGACUGCAGGAAGUGGACUGGAGCUGAAGUGAGGAGACUCUCCUGUCACUGGAUUAAGGGGAGUUUAGAAGCAAUUUGAGCUAUUUUAAUGGACUGGGUGGUGAUCUAAACAUAAUAGGAACUCUCCAAUUAAAAAAAAGUUUAUUUUUAUUUUGUUUUAAGUGUUUUUGUUUUUUUCUUUAAAAUUGUAGUGUUCCUUUAAAGCCCUGCCCAUCAGAAUGCAUAAUGCCGAUAUGAAAACAUUAUAUACAUGGCUGUCGUCCAUUUUGUGUGGCAAAGUGAUGCACAGUAUUUACAACCAGUGUUCUCAGCGCUGUUAGCACCUGGGUCUCCAACCCCUACAAGGCUUCUCUAGGGCUACCCUGUUCUUAUGGCAUGCCUCGAAAGUCCGAGUUAACCUUUUCAUUAAAAGACCGACCCAUAGAACUGCAACUACCAUCAUACUUCACCAUAGGACUUAGGGAUCUAGCGUUUGGCCAUUCCUGCUUUUAAGUAAAAAAAUAAAUAAAUACAAAUAAAUUCUUUGUUUUUAUCUCCCUCAGAAUAUAUAACUAUUUUCCAGCUCUCCUCGUAAAGCAACAGAUUACUAAUCAAAGGAGUCAUGGGACGUUUUGGGGAUUUUUUUUGUUUUUGUUUUUCGGGUAAAGUUUAUUUUUUGUUUGUCACACAAAUUACUGUGUGCCUAUAUCUUAGACAUAGAUCAUGAGCUUGAAUGACGUAACUGCUAGUGCUUAUUCAUAUCCUGGCUGACCUUUAUUUUUAGGAUGAUUCAGCGCUAUAUACAAGAUCACUUGGAUCUGGCUUCUAUCGUAUGUCCUGUAAUACUGCAAUGUAAUGCACUCUGAAUGUAUAAUGGAAGCUCCAAGUGCUGCACCUCAUUUAUUCACACUAUUUCCAGCUUAGCUAUCUAAAUAUUAUUUAUGGUUGGAGCUCAAGAUAUCUUAUCUGAUACUUCACAAAUGUAUUUGUAUGAGUAACCUAGAACAUUGUUUUAAAGCACCUACAUAUUCAUUAUAUUAUGCUAAAUAUGUAGGUGUGUUAAAACCAUAAAUAAUGAAUGUCUUAUACCUCUUUAUCUGUCCCUUAUCCCCUCUGUCUUAACUUUUAUUAAUUCUCUUCUGGUCUUUCUCCCAUAUACAUCUUCUACCAAAUACUUUCUUCACCUUUUUGCGCUUUACCCAUUCAUUGGUGUCUCCACUUGGUAUAGCAGAGCCUUGUGUACUACACUUUAAAUUAUUCUCUUCCACCCUGGUGGCUGGCUGAGACCCCUGAGACAUGUAGAUCAAACAUUUGCCGUGCCAAAAUAAGAUGCCGGUGGCACAGAUUAAAUAACUUGCUUUCAUCGCGAACUUGUUGAUCCUGGUCAUUUUUGCCAUCUCUCCCUUAAACUCUGUAUUUUCUCCCCUUAUAUUUUUAGACCGUUGACUCCAGCUCCCAGACAUGGCGUCCAUUAACAAGAAUGGAAGCAGUUCUCGUCUGCAAAGUCGAAAGCCUCCCCACCUCUCAAUCACCAUACCUCCCACGGAGGGUGAGAAGGAAGCAAAACCCACACAGGUAAAGUAGUAGAUCAGUUCGGCUUCACUCUGUAUCUUGGGUGUUAUGCUAAACUCACACAAUAUAUAUCUCUUUGGUCCCACAGCCACUGACCAAACCCCUGUACCAAAAGAGUGUCAGCCUACAGGAGCCUCAUAGUCAUGGCAUGGAUGGAAGUGGUACAAGCGAAAGGCCAGCGUUCAGAAGACAAACAUCCCUUUCACAAAGCAUAAAAAAGUGAGAAAAAUGUCAUCCAUAAAAUGCACAAAAUAUUCCAGUCAUAACAAAACGUAUGAUGCCACAUUGUAUUUUUAUUUAUUUAUUUUAGUUUUCAUGAUUUUUUUUUUUUUUUUUAAUUUUUUUAAGGCCUGCAGAACAGUGAGGGUAGGAAAUGAACUGAUAGAGCUGUUACGUUGGCAAAUAGCCAAAAAGAGGGGAGGAUAAAUGGGAUGAGGGGAUUAAAAAAUGGCGGCAGACAUGUUUGGGAGUGCCAUUUUUAAAUCCUAGAUAGAAGGGAGGAAUACAUUUGAACUACAUACUAUUAUGACUCAUUACUGGGAUUCCAAUGUUUUGCUGACUCCUCUGUCUUUAGAAUGCAAAUACUUAAAUUAGAACCUCAAAUUCUACUUAAUUUCUUCUAAAAAAUUAGAAUUCUUAAAUUAGAAUGUAAAUAGGCAAAUCAUGGUUUGCUUAAGUGUCCCCUUUAUGACAAGAAAUGCCAUGGCAUUUAUGGCUCAUUUUAAUAACUUGGUAUCUCCCUAAGCUUUUGUUCAUUGAUGAUUAAACUUCUAUUUUAUAUAAUUGGAUCUAUGAAUUUGCAGAUGGAAGAGUACAUCAGCUCCCUCUUUUUUUCUCUUUUGCAGACGUAAUUUUUUUUUUCUCCUUAUAAAGUAGUUGUACAUUUGUUUUCUUUCUCAUUCCCCAUAAACGUUCUCAUCCUUCCACCGUACACCCAGAGCAAACCUCGGUAAUGGGAAUUUAUUUAAAAUUUUCUUGUAUUCCUACAGGGGAACUGCCCAGUGGUUCGGUGUGAGCAAUGACUGGGAGGGGAAAAGACAACAAUGGCAACGCAAGAGCCUCCACCACUGUAGCCUUCGUUAUGGGAAACUAAAACCUCAAUAUCAGAGAGACAUAGAGCUACCUAGCCAGGAAACGCCAUCUUUCCAGGCAACGGAGUCCCCAGCUACCUGCCGAAUGCCCAAGGUGCGUUGA